AGGUAAAACUUAAGCUAGAUCCUGUUCUGUCGCAAUCCACUACCGCAUUCGGCAUCAAGAGCUACUGCCACCUUCGGAGGAGUCGCAAACCAUCGCCCAAUCGACAACUCCGUAAUCCAUCCUUCGCUUGUCCACCUGUUCAUGAACGGUCUAGAAUUUUUCCAUCGACACUCGGACUAAAGGUCUGAACCGCCAUAACCCUAAAGUCAGUGGUGAAUAUUAUGACACAGCUGGCGUCUUUUAUGACGAUACCUCUGCGUCUAUCAAAAAAGUGGUCGUCUGACUUGUCUCUGCAUCCAUUCUUCUUGGCUUGCUCACUUUAACCACACACAUUUACACUUACGAUCACUUUAACAAUCGCGCUGCCGUGGUUAUGACUAAUUUAAUUGCAGCAGGAACUAUGCUGCUACUUGACUUGAGGGGCUGUCCCGACGGAGUAAUGUCGCUGGCCGACUAUACGAGGUUAACUCAAUGAUGGAUAUAGAGGGGGUGGGAUUCUUCUAUCCUUGAUUUCAUGUUAUAAACCAGUCAUUCCUCUCCCUGAUACACUAUUGAACGUCAACAGCAGCUAACAUGGCGUCGUCAGCUAAAGAAUCAACAUCUACUACGCAUUAUAAUGACUGGCCAAAUACACAGGGUUUUGAUGUCCGCUACCAAGAGCUUCAACCGACAGAGUUACCCAUCCAAGGCACAAUUCCGCCCUACUGCGUCGGCGUCCUCUUUCGCAACGGACUAGGCCCUCGCGAUAUCGAGACGGAGAAUCAAACUACCUAUCGUGUGAGCCACUGGUUUGACUAUUUUGCCCAGGUCCAUCGCUUUCAGAUUCAUGCUCCUACGCCGGAACAACCCCGGGUCCGCGUCACACACAACUCCCGACUGACCUGCGACGGCCUCAUUCGAAGGAUACAGCGAACAGGAUACCGUGGCGAGAUCACUUUUGGAGCCAAGUAUGAUCCAUGCAUGUCGCUCUUCCAGAAGGCGCAGUCGGUUUUUAGGACCAUUCCACGAGGCCCUCCCGACGAGGUCGACAUCAGCGUCACUUUGAACGUUAACUUUCCCGGCUUAUCGGUGACGGGCAGCAAGCAGGAGAAGAUACCCAGGCCAGGUAUCCAGACACUCUGUAACCGCACCGAUAAUUCUACUUUCCAGAUGCUCGACCCUCAGACUCUGGAGCCAAUUGGUAUUGCGGACCAAACAGUCUUGCAUCCCUCACUCCGGGGACCCCUUAGUGCGGCCCAUUGCAAGACGGACCUGAUCACCGGUGAUGUCUACAACUAUAAUCUCGACAUAGGUCUAACAAGCACCUAUCGUGUCUUCCACGUUUCUCGCUCAACAGGAAAAACCAACAUUCUUGCAACGUUCAAGCAUGCUGCUACAUACGUGCAUUCGCUUUUCCUGACGGAGCACUACGUCGUGCUCUGCCUUUGGAACGCCCGCUUUCGUGUUGGAGCAAUGUCCCUGCUAUGGACACACAACUUUGUAGAUGCAUUGGUAGACUAUGACCCUACACAGCGCAGCACUUGGUUUGUGGUUGAUCGUACCCCUGGAGGGCGGGGAUUGAUCGCGCGCUACGAGUCCGAUCCUUUCUUCAGUUUCCAUACUAUUAAUUCGUAUGAAGAGCCUUCAUUGAGCGAUCCCUCUAAGACAGAUAUUAUCGCCGAUGUUUGUGCAUACGGCAGCCUAGACGUACUGAAACGCUUCUACAUCGACAACUUACUGUCCGACUCAGCCACAGCUCACCAUUAUGGCGAGUCAAGGAACCACAAGGCUCGCGGGGCUUUCCGUCGUUUUAGAUUGCCUACCGUUCCCGAAGCAUCGAAUCACAAAACCCUCCUGGCGGAGAUCGUCUUCUCGAUGGAAAAGGGACUAGGACCGGAACUGCCCCAAAUCAGCCCUCGAGUACGUGGCCGCAAGUACCGCUACGUGUACGGCGUGACUGACUCGGGAAAAAGUGUUUUCCUGGACGGCCUGGUCAAACAUGAUAUCGUUACGCAGACAUCGCUUUAUUGGAGUCAGCAUGGGCAGACCGCAAGUGAGCCGAUUUUUGUAGCAGAUCCAGAUUCUGAGGACGAGGAUGGUGGUGUACUCUUGUCCGUCGUGCUGGAUGGCAUUGAAGGACGUAGUUAUCUGUUAGUUCUCGAUGCAAAGACAAUGACAGAGGUCGGGAGGGCUACAGUUAAUGGUGUGGUUGGCUUCGGAUUCCAUGGUGCGCAUGUUAGGGACACCUAGGCCUUUUUUUUUUUUUUUAUUGUCUUCUUUCUCCCUGCUAUGUUGAAAUUUUUUUGACCCUAUUAUAAUUGAUAUUUGGGUGCACAAUGUAGUUCUGCUUUUUUUUUAUAUCAAUGUUGUCUCGAAGAUGAUACAAUAAGAAUGUAGCCCUAUUUAUAUCGUACUAACAUGAUCCUUGAGCUAGCGUAGCUCAACGGCA